CCUUAACCUUCAAGUUAUACUUCUCUUACCCCUAUUUCUCUCACCUUAGGACUCGGACGAGAUGGUGCAAUCUACCUUCAAGCGUUUUGUCGAGGUUGGCCGAGUUGUCCUCGUUAACGAGGGCCCUUCUGCUGGCAAGCUCGCCGUGAUCGUUGAGAUCAUCGACCACAACAGGGCUCUCAUUGACGGCCCCACCACCUCCGUUUCCCGUCAAGCUUUCCCCUACCGAAACCUUAUCCUCACUCCUUACACCAUUGCGUCUCUUCCCCGAGGUGUCGGUGCCGGUCCCCUCAAGAAGGCUAUUGAGAAGGCUGGUGUUUCGGAGAAGUGGGAGCAGAGCGGAUGGGCUAAGAAGUUGGCUGCCAGGCAGGUCAGGAAGAACGCCACCGACUUCGACCGAUUCCAGAUCCAACUCGCCAAGAGGGCUCGAAGGGACGUUGUCCGCAAGGCUUACGUCAAGGAGAAGAAGGCUUCUGCUUAAACAGUAGAGCUGGAUGAGAGAGGGUGUACGAGGGAUGAAAACUACUUGUAGACGACGCUCAAGAUGGCUAUCUGCAGUGGUUUGGCAUGACAUUUCCGAUCAUUCUACUGGGA